CGACAAAUCAGACCCACGCACCCCACCGUGCCUGCCUUCGCUGCUGUUUGUUCCCUGCGCCUACCUUCACUACCAACACUCGCUCUCACCUUCACAUUCGCUGCGACGAAGCGCCCCUUCACCUGUCGCACCUCUCGGCUCUCGCUGUUCCGUGCCGCAGUACACAGCCUCGCCGCACUGAACAACAUCACACCCAAAGCGGCACCAUACCUCCUAUAACCCUCUACAAUGGGUUUCGGCGACUUCACAACGAUAUGCGAAAAGGCUUCGAUACCACUGUGCGCCCUUGUGGGCCACCAGGAAAUCAAUGGCGGCGCUGGCAUACAAACAAAGUGCUAUGCGCGAACGAUUGAAAUCGCGAAUACUUUAAUCUUCCAGGCGGCGAACGACUUCAUGCACAUUCUGGCCCUGAUAAUGACGGUGGUCAUGAUAAUACAUGUCCGUUCCAAGUUCACUGCUGUCGGUCGCAAAGAGAUCACAUCCUUCUUCUACAUUUACUUCCUCCUCACCAUCAUCUCGCUCAUUCUCGACGCCGGUGUCGCUGCGCCUGGUUCCGCCCCAUACCCAUACUUCGCCGCUGCUCAAAACGGUCUUGUCUCUGCGCUCUGCACCAGCUUGUUAAUCAAUGGUUUCGUGGGUUUUCAACUGUACGAGGAUGGAACAACGCUUUCCGUCUGGCUGCUACGAUUGACCUCACUCGGCAUGUUCAUCAUCGGAGGCGCCAUCUCCCUGCUCACUUUCAAGAACUGGGCUGGUCUGGAUUCCAAGAACCCCAUCGGUAUCUUCGUUGUCACAUACAUUGUGAACGCCAUCUUCCUAUUCAUCUACCUCGUCAGUCAGAUCAUCCUUGUUCUCGGCACACUCGAGGACCGUUGGCCAAUGGGCGACAUCGUUUUUGGCGUUUUCUUCUUCGUUAUUGGGCAGGUCAUCUUGUACGUCUUUGGCGACACCAUCUGCGACGGUGUCCAGCACUACCUCGAUGGCUUGUUCUUUGCGACUAUCUGCAACUUGCUUGCAGUCAUGAUGGUCUACAAGUACUGGGAUUCAAUCACUCGCGAAGACCUCGAGUUCUCAGUUGGUGUCAAGCAGCACAACUGGGAGGUCAAGGAACUCCUGCCGGAGGAAGACAAGCGCGGCACCGUCUACCAGGAGUCCGAGUACGCAUCGUCGAUGUACCAGCAACCGUACCCGCGACACUCGCAGUACUCCAACCUGGGUCACUAAGUGACUGUGGUCUUUUGUUUUCGCGUUCACUUCUAAAGCCCCCUUUUUCUUAUAAACGACUUAUCAGCAUGACGUGGCGUUGGCGGCGUAUUCGCACCUGAGUACUAGACUCGUAAUUCGCAGUAAGAGGUGGUGUGGACAAUGUUGUCUGAUUAGCAAGCAUUGAAUGGUGAGGAGGAAACUGAAGCACACAACCUUCUUCACGACAGAACCUUGACGACUACCAUAGCUUAUAUAGUGUAAUAUCCAAUAGCCAACUGCGGCAACGCAGGCAUUACCCGAG